UCACCGCAACGCCUCAACCUCCUGGCAUCCGAGUCCCGCACUCGCAAGAUGAGCACGGAUAUAUCGUCGUCAAUCAGACCAAAAAGACAGCUCGUCAAGGCCGCAUGUCAGUCAUGUCAGAAGCGCAAAGUAAAAUGCAGUGGUGAGCGACCCAUGUGUAUGCUCUGUCAACAAAGAGGUCAGUCUUGUGUCUACGACUUGGAAGCAGGCAUAUCACGAGUCGAAGGCGUGCGUCGUCGAAACAAGGAGUUGGGCGAACGGAAUUCCGACUACGAGCUUGUUUACAACGCUUUGCAUACUACACCGGAGUUGGAAGCGUUCGAACAUCUUCGUCGGCUGAGGGAGUGUCCAGAUGUGGAAACCUACGCCAGAACGCUCCGCAAAUCGCGACCACCUUCGAGGAAACGACCCUCGGAUCAACUCCUGGAAGACGGCGCACUGUCCAACCUGUCCCCCAUGUCGACCCAGUCUCAAGACCAACAAGACGGCGAUUCGAACUUGUACACAGACUCUCUCUGUAUGACAGACUACACAAGUCCCACACAGCAACCUCCUCUGAUGAUCGAUCCUCGCCUCGGUCAGCAAACCUUGUACAGUUUCCCGGGCACCAAUGGUUCGACUCUACAGAGCCUGUGA